GGGAUGGAGGAGUCCGGGGCGCCGCGGGGCAUCUGGGAGGGCGAGGCCAAGGCGGUCCAGCAGUGCCUGACGGACAUCUUCACCAGCGUCUACACCACCUGCGACAUCCCGGAGCACGCCAUCUUCGGCCCCUGCGUGCUGAGCCACACCUCGCUCUACGACAGCAUCGCCUUCGUCGCCCUCAAGUCCACCGACAAGAGGACCGUCCCCUACAUCUUCCGGGUGGACACCUCGGCGGCCAACGGCUCCUCGGAAGGCCUGAUGUGGCUCCGCCUGGUCCAGUCGGCCCGAGACAAAGAGGAGCAGAACCUGGAAGCCUACAUCAAAAACGGACAGUUGUUUUAUCGCUCCCUCCGCAGGAUCGCCAAAGACGAGGAGCUGCUCGUUUGGUACGGGAAAGAGCUGAGCGAGUUACUCCUGCUGAGCGCCGCCAGAGGCCACGGCAAAAUGAACGGCUCUCCGCCCUACGCCUGUCUGGAGUGCAGCCAGCGCUUCCAGUUCGAGUUCCCGUACGUGGCCCACCUGCGCUUCCGCUGCCCCAAGCGACUGCACGCCCCCGAGGGCGGCGAGGAGGCCAGCACCAAGGACAGCAGCCCGAAGCCCCCCGACGGCGCCGCCAAGUACCCGCCCAAGGCGCUCCCGCCCGCCCCGCCGCCGCCUCGGCACCACUUCGCCGGCCCGCAGGAGGGCGCCGCCAGCAAGCCGGCCACGGACUUCCACAACCUGGCGCGGGACAUGGAGAACUCACGGGAGGCCGCCGCUAGCCCCCCGGGCCAGGGCGGCAAAGCCAAGCGGCGGUACCCGGCGGCCGGCGAGGAGGAGCGGGCGGCGGCGGCCCGGGGGCGCGCGGAGAGGCCCAAGGAGGAGCUGGCCUGCACCCCGCAGCAGCACUUCCGCCCGGCGGGCAGCUACUUCGGCCUGGAGGAGAGCGGCCGCCUCUUCGCGCCGCCCAGCCCGGAGACCGGCGAGGCCAAGCGCAGCGCCUUCGUGGAGGUGAAGAAGGCCUCGCGGGGGCUGGACGCGGCUGGCGAGGAGGAGAAGGAGCGCGGCGCGGGCGGCGCCUCCUCGCCGUCGGACAAGGGCCUGGGCGCGCGGGGCGGCGGCGGCGGCAGCGCCUUCUCCACGGUGGCCUCCUCUCCCUCGGGCGGCGAGGAGCGGAAGAGCGCCUUCUCGCAGCCGGCGCGCUCCUUCGCGGCCUCGGCGGCGGCCCACGUAGCGCAGCUGGUGCUGGGCCCCAAGCUGAGCGCGCUGGUGGACGCCGGCGGCGCCUGCCCCGACGGAGCCGCGCGCCUCUACGCGCCCGACCCGCUGGCCGUCAAGCUGCAGGGCGCGCCCCCGGCGGAGCUGAGCGGGGGCGGCGCGGGCGGAGGGGGCGGCGCGGCGGGCGGCGGCGGAGGGGGCGGCGGAGGGGGCGCCUCGACGGGCGGCGGCCUGCCCAAGCAGAGCCCCUUCGUGUACGCCACCACCUUCUGGCCCAAGAGCUCGGUGGCGGCGGCGGCGGCGGGGCCCCUGCAGCUGCAGCUGCCCUCGGCGCUCACGCUGCUGCCGCCCUCCUUCACCUCGCUCUGCCUGCCGGCGCAGAACUGGUGCGCCAAGUGCAACGCCUCCUUCCGCAUGACUUCCGACCUGGUGUACCACAUGCGCUCCCACCACAAGAAGGAGUACGCCCUCGAGCCCCUGGUCAAGCGGCGGCGCGAGGAGAAGCUCAAGUGCCCCAUCUGCAACGAGUCCUUCCGCGAGCGCCACCACCUCUCCCGGCACAUGACCUCGCACAACUGA